AUGGAUUUGAUUGAAAUUAAAGACAAAAAUAAAACAUCGAAAGUGCUUAGAAGGGUUUCGGAUAGGAAUAAUAAAAAACGACCAGUUCCGUUUGAUUGUUUGGUUAAAAUUUUAUCAUCGGGUAAAAAAUCGAAAAAAUGUCGUAAUAAACUUCGUUACAAUGCUUAUUUUAAAUUUCCACGUGGUAUCGAACCUAGCAAAUUAACGCUUAGAUCCGGUUUGUAUUUUUUAAGUGAUAAAAUAGUUACGACAAAUGAUAAAGACAAACAAAACGAUAAUAAUAGGAAAACAAACGAGGGAAACGAGGAUUGUCAAAGGAAACAAUACGUAAAAAGACAAGACAAUGGUUUGUUCGUAUUAAAUCCUUCUAAUAAAGCAAUUUUACCCGUUUUGGGUGUUGCUAUGGCUAUAAGCGAUGUGUCAAAAUUUAAAGACAAAAUUUUAAUAUUCAAUAAAAAAAGAAUCCCAAACAUGUGUUUUAUUGUGAAUCAAUUUAAAUAUUCGGACAUUAUGGAGAUUCCACGUGUGCCUAAAACAUACCACGCGUGA